AGAGUCUCAAUGCUUGGUUGCAGUAUUCUUGGCACUCAAGCACUGGUCUACUCCGGAGAACCUGAUCCUGAGACUUCAGCAUCAUGUCUUACCAACAACAACAGUGCAAGCAGCCCUGCCAGCCACCUCCUGUGUGCCCACCCCCUAAGUGCCCAGAGCCUUGUCCUCCUCCACAGUGCCCUGAGCCUUGUCCUCCCCCAAAGUGCCCUGAGCCCUGCCCCCCUCAGCCAUGGCAGCCCAAGUGUCCUCCUGUGCAGCCUCCUCCAUCCUGCCAGCAGAAGUGCCCACCCAAGAGCAAGUGAGACUUCAGGAGUCACCAGGGACCGGGGAAGUGAAGAAAAUCUGGUUCACCUACUUCCAUAGAAACGGCCCCAUCUUCCUUUCCCAAGCCUGUCGUCGUUGCAGAAGAAUCUUCUCCACUCUUCACCCUCCAUGUGCCUCUGAUGACCCCUGAUAGAGAAGGCAUUUCUCUGAGGCUGUUUUCCUGCUCUUCUCAAGGGGCUGCUAAGAAUGGUUCUUCCUCAGUGUUUCAGUGUCCCAGAUUCUCAGAAGGAAGAGCAGCAGUUCGCCACCCUGUGCCCUCGGAGGAGCCUUCCCAGUCUGCCUGUCACCUGGACAGGGCAGUUGUCAGUUGCCACUGUUUCAAUUCUUGAAUAAAGUACCUUUUUGGUGAUGGUCUAAUAAA